CCCGUCCGUCAGUGCCUGGACAUCCUUCGUCGAGUUCGGAAGCAUUUUCUUUGAUUUCGCGCGCGCCUCAUCGCUUCAACUGUAUUUCCUCUCACAUUGAGUGUGCGUGUGUUUGUGUGCGCGCGCGUUAUUGUGUCUUGUUCUGUUUCCAAGUUUGUUGGGGAUUUUAUCCCGACGUUCUGAAUCGAGAAGAAAGGAAGACCUGAGUUGAGUUGAAUUGUGUUGGCAGUGUGUGCUGAAGUGGGGGAAAAGGCCAAAGUUUUUCCUUUUAGCCUGAUUUUCCAGCUUAAAAUUUUUGUCUUUAUUUUUCACCUCCCCCCACUCGGAUCCUGGCGCAACAAAUGAAGCCGUGAACGCGUCGUGUGUCGGUGUGUUUGUGUGCGGCGGUUUUGUUCAACAAGUCUGCUGUGGUUUGAUUUGGUGAAAAGUGCACACACUGGGAGAGGAAAAAAAGGAAAAUUCUUUCCGAAACAAAACGCGAGACAAGCGUCAGCGUGAAAGCUCCCCCCCCCCCAAGCAUUUGAAAUAUUCAGCACCUUGUGCAUUCCCCCUCGGCAUAAUUGAAGUUUCUUGUAGCGAUUUUAAUUGAGAAAAACGGCACGAAAGAAUUCCUGUCCGCAUGAAGUGAAGUGCUCGUGUGUGUGUGUGUGUGAGUGUGUGUUCACCAGGUGAAAAGUGAGAAUUUUUGGAUGGUCUUUUGUUUCUCACCACACACAGAGCCCUGGCCCUGGCCAGGACCUCGGCGAUGAAUGACGAGGAAAAGCCUGAGCAACAAGUUUCUCAACACAAGCACAGCACACAGGUGUAAAUUUAUUGAUCAAUUAUCUCUCAACGCGGUCGGUCGGUCGGCGACAGUUUUCGGGGUGAUUCAUUUCCCCAACUUUGUUUGAACGAGGAAGAAAAACAAGGCACCAUGACACCAGACAACAGCUUUGUCCAGGUCAAGUUCGACAAGCUGCUGGCAAGGAAAGUCAUCUUCGGGGUCCUCAGCUCGAAGGCACGGUGGUGAUGCUCGGGCCUUCACCAAUCGGCAGUAAACGCACACACCGCUACUAUAUAGUAUAGAGUUACCAUUUAGUGUAGUAUCAACUCCCAGCCAGUGGGGGGUGGCAAGUUGACAGUAGACAAGUAGAAUAGAAUACCGUUUGCGAGGGGGGUGUAAAAGAGAGAGAGGAAAAAAAGGAAGAAGAAUCUACACACACGCGCGUGUAGCAAAAGAGAUCCUCAUCCUUGUCAUCACUGGCGAAAGCUGCUGAGAGAGAGGAAACGUGGUCGGUGAAACCGCUCGUAAUUGCUCUGUGGUGCUUUGGGGUUGGUUUGGAAAUUGGACCUCCUCCCCCUCGACCUUCUGUUAUUCACCCCCGAAAAAAAUACCUGAGAGUCCGGAACACUGUGCGGACUGGACGAGCGGGCAGUAGCAGCAGCGUAGUGUAGACCAGCUCUCCCCGCCCGAAAAGGUCAAAGAAUGGCUAGCGGCCGGGCCCGGUUGCCACCGACUCCGCAGGCGAACGGUGCUGGCGGUGUUGGCGGAAGUGGCGUCGGCAGCAGCGGAAGUAGUUCAAGGCCGCUGGCCGAGAUGCACACCAGCAACAACAACACGACGUACGGGAGCCACGUGGCGGGCCUGGAUAUGUCGGCGGCCACGACCGGUUCCGUCCAGGACAUGCAGAUGCUGGAGAACCUUACCGACCAGGAGCGCCAAAUCAUCCUGAACGUGCUGAACCGGGACGAGAACGUGCGCCAAGCGGAUGCCGCCCGGAUCAUGCUGUUGCGGGCCGAGCUGUUCAACCUGCGGAAGGCCAAGGGCAACGUGAAGGCCCUGGUCGCCGGUGGCGGUAGCCUCGAUCGGCCCACCUACAUCGAAUCGACCCGGUCCUGUUCCCGGUGCGGCACCGAACUGGGCCGGAUCAUCAACCGCGGGGCGCCGUGCCGGUCCUGCCGGUUGCGCGUUUGCAAGGGCUGUCGCGAGUUCUCGACCCGCACCACGGACUGGGUUUGCGUGGUGUGCCACAAGCAAAUUGAGCUGCAAGCGGCCAGCGAAGACUGGAUGAGCGAGUACACGGACGGAACGACGACCACGACCACGACGGCGGCGGUGGCGGACAUUCGUCGCACCUCGCAGGUCAUCGCCGGCAGCCGGACCAGCAGCACCAGCAUCGCCAGCGCCGGAGACUACCUGCCGGUGGGCGCGACCGAGCUCAUCAAGAAGAGCAUCCGGCGCUCCUGGACCAUAUCAAAUGCAGAGGAUGAGAAUCGGCAGUGCGGAGGAGGCGGUGGUGGCACAGAUCCACAGCAAUAUUCACAUUUACCUCGAAAGCAAUCGCAGAGCAGCUAUCCAUCGCUGGUAAGGUACCCGUACAUCAACCCGUGCACCAUGGCCGAGUACAGCCAGGAGGACGAGUUCGACAACGAGCUGCAGCCGCCCAUGGGCCGUCGGAUGCCGCCACGUCAAUCCACGCUGCCAAAUCCGGACGCCGGAAUGUUCUACGGAAGUAACAACAACCUGAUGCCACCGUCGUUGUCACCGAACAAGGGCCUCAGCCCGAGUCCACAGUACAGCCCCUACCACACGGACAACGAGAACGACGAUGACCCGCAGCAUGCGACGUCGCCGAUCGCGGCCCGCUACAAAAUCCGAAGACAAUCAACGCUACCCUGCAGGCCAAACGAGGCGAACCACGAGAUCGGCGCCAAGCUGAUGUCCACCUCGCCCAACAGUCGGACCAAUCUGUACCAACCGUCGACGAUGACGACCACGACGACAACGACCGGUCGAUCGCCGGACAAGUCGGAACUGGCCGGCGGAGACCAGCCCAGCCCCAGAUAUCCACCGUUUGUACGUCAGUCGACCUUUCCAUCCAACUCCAGUGAUCCAUUUUUCCUGCAAAUUCAGGCUCAUUCACAGCAACAGCCUCUGCCCCAACAACCUGGCCAACAGCGCCAUCUGCCCACCUCACCCAACCGGAUGCUGUUUAACAAGUCCCCUGACCAAGCGGCCCCCGACCAAGAGUCCGCGGAAGUGGCCACGAACCGACCACCCGCAAACCGCUUUCAGAUGACCAGGCAAGCCACACUACCCAAUCCCGAUCAGCACGUGAAACUGCUUCCAACAUCCCCACCCAAAAAACAGCAACAACUCUCACCGCACAGCAUCAAACGAUCCCCGGAAUUUGCACGCCAAAACACACUUCCGGCACCCGACAGUAUGAACUCGCUCUCGGUGCACCAGCACGGGCCCAAAUUUAUGCCCAUCUCACCACGACAAAAGCAAUCUUUUUUAUUCCCACAAUCCGCACAACCAGCACCACGUCCCUUUCUUUCACAACAGCAUUUCCCCACGAUGUUGGCCGACGAAGGCCAGACUGUGGUCAACGCGGCCGCCGCGGUCACGCCGGGCAGUGUCAGUAUCGGUGGUGCGGGGGCGGGGGCAGUAACGGGUGGUGGCGUCAUCAGUGCCCUGGUCGGAACCGGUGGUGCAAGUGGUGGACCUCCGGGAACCGCCGCUGCACAUCACCACUCGGCCAAAAUGAUCAAAGUGCGCAGCCACAGUAACGAAGAGUACAGCCUCAACCGAGCCUUAACCGUCGAAGGACGCCGGCUACUGCCGGAAAUCCCAGCGAAUCGCUCGCCAAGACUGGUACGUCAAGAACACGUUAGAGAACCAUGCUACGACACUUCCGCUGCUAACCCAGACAAACGAUCUCCCAAACAGAAAACAUUCGCCGAGGCGAAACAAGCCAUGAUGGACGAAUAUGGUGGCGGACUAGAGUCCGCCGCCACCUCGUCCACCACGAUCAACAACGACUCGACGCUCUUUGACGAGGACGAGGAAGCGUCCUACUACAUCAACGAGGACCGGCUGAGGUUGCGCGCCAGCAUGGCCCCGGUCAGCACGAUCAAAAGUGCCGAAAGCUUCCUCGACGAGGCCGACUUUCCUACUACUUGCAGCAGCGGUGCCGGUGGCGUCUACCCGGUGGACUCGAAAACGGAAAAUCGACGGUUGCGGCGGCGAAAGUCGCGGGAUCUACCGGUGGAGCCGGAAGCGGUGGCGUCGUCGAACGAGGACGAACCGAUAAAGCAGCACCGGAAGCCGGAAACGAUGCGGUCCAUAUCGGAGGAUUCGCCCGGCAACAAGACGGUCAAGAUGACGCCGCGGCGGUCACUGUCGCACCCGGAAAAGGACACGCAGCAAAUGCAAAACACGCGGAAAACGGAAAUCACUAAAAUUCCCUCGCCACGACCGCUGGCCGAAAUCCUGGAACGUGCCCAGCGAUCGAUCAAGCUGCCAUCGCCGCGCCGGAAAGCGUUCAAGUCGAUGGACCAGGCGUGCGAGUCCGAGAUGGGCGCCAACGGGACCUCCCCGUUGAUGACGGCCAUGAGCCAAUCGCCGUCGAUGGCCACGACGGCCACCCCCGGUGGAAGCACCGGAGCGAUAGCCCGAACUGGACCACGGAAGAUUUCCGCCUUUCAGCAGAUCUUGCAGAACCAACGGCUGCAGAAGAGGGAUUCGAAAAGUUUGGACGUGGUGGCGUCCAAGUUGAUGGAGGAAAAGUACGGCGGCUAUCCGGAGGCCGACGAGGACAAGUCCAAGUCGCUGGACGACGGCAUCUUUUGCGGGGACAAAAACAGCGACGACAACAGCAGCGACGAGCAGAUCAAUCUAAUUGAUAAGAAGCACAAGACCUAUCUCGGCGAAGAUGAGAUCCAACACGCAGUCGAAGCUGCGGCCGUCCUGUUCAAAAAGGUCGUACUCCAGCGGCGGGAGGAGAAGCGCAAAGACGAGGGUUACGCGAGGUCGCGGUACGAGGACUAUUCGGCGUUUGCGGCGGGCUCGUCCUCGUCGGAGCCGGAAGCGGGCAGGUUUGGGACGGAUUGCUGCGGCGAUGACUACCGGUUGGUGUUUAUCAGUUCGGACUCGUCGAGCAAGGAGGAGGAGUGCGAUAGUAGUUCUACGACGUCGUCGGCUUAUACGAGGCACAGUAUAGCGCUGGAUGAUUGUGAUUGGGAUUACUUCGAGCCGGGUAUUAGUACGACGACGAGGACGCUUCUGUACGAUAUUGGUGGGGGUGGUGGGGGGAGUAAGGGGGCUACGCCGAGGAAGAGGUCACUGCUGCAGUCGUCCCCGUUGACCUCGCCGAUGUUGUACAGGAGGCAGAGUGGAGGAGUGGCCGGCGCGUAUGAUACGGGGACGGACGACGAGUUUUUGACGCACACGGAGUCGUCGUCGUCGCCAACGAGGAGUGAGGGAUUCUUGGAGAACUUUGAAGAGUUUCGGAAUUUGGAGAAGUUUAAGGGUGGAUCGUGCCGGUGUGAUUGUGGGUUGAGGACGCAGUACGUGCCGAUUCCGGUUCCGGUUCCGAUUCCGGUGCCGGUGUCGACGUUCCACAGCUGGUCGCAGAAGCAGCUGCAGGACACGAUCCUGAAGGAGCAGUCCCAGAACGAGUUGAUCAAGCAGCUGUGGCGGAACUGCGAGGGCGCCCUACUGGCCAAUAACGGGACUUGCAUGCAGUCGUCAUGCUGCUGCCAACACCAUCAUCACCAUCAUCAUCACAGUCAGCAGCCAAAGAGCGGCAAAGCUAAAAUUACGGUCGAUCGCCAACAUAAGCAGCAGCAGGAAAUGGACCGAAAGAGUUCUGACAACGAAGGCAAGAUGGGCAUGGGCGGUAAUGGAACUAGUAAUAACACCAUCAUCGCCAGUGAUGCGAAGAGUAGUUGUACUAGUGACGACGAUGGAAAAAUGUUUCGCAACACUGACGAUGCUGCUGACGCUGAUGAUGGGCACGAUCGGCUGGCCAGCAUUAGUACCAAACUGACCACGGUCGGCACUGGUCCGGCCACGAUGCUGCCGCCACCGCCCUCCGAUCAAGGUUUAAAGUCGCCAACGCCACAGCUAGAACAAAGCUCCUGCUCCCCAGAAGGCAACAAAAGAAACCCUACAGUAGUGCACCAACAACAACAACAACCCACAACAAGCAACAGCAGUCACGAAGCCAUUAUAAAUGAACGACGACCACUUGUGAGCGACGACGACGUGCAAGUGCAAAAACCUGAAUCGUGUCGUACACGUGGUGACGGUGGUGUGAGUGAAGAGCCGUCGUCGUCGCUGGUAAUAACUGUAUCUCGCCGCGAAGAGUGUGAAGAAGAGAAGGAGGAGGGUACGUACAAUGACAUCGGCACUGGUGUACGUGAGCCGAUACUAGUGACCACUACUACCACUACUGACGAUGGCCCUCGAGCUCGGGUGGUUCAGGGAAAAAGGGAAAAUUAUGCUUCUCCAGUUGGAAUAAUUCGCGAGCCCAGUACCGUUGGCGACGGAGUCGGUGCGACCUGUGAUGAUAGUGGGACUUAUCAGUUGCGCGAUAUCGAUAGCAGCCGCCAGAUGAUGGAUGACGGUGACGGCGAAGAACUGAAAGGGUACCUGCUGUCCGAGAGUCGGUUCAGCUCGUCUCAAUCAUCCGCGGACAGUUCGGACGGCGGCGAGGACCAGAUUUCGGUGCAACGUAACUACGUGGUAUCGGGCGAUGGCGAACCAGUGCUGCUAAAAGUGAAAGGUCUGGUCAACCGCAGUGGGACGGACUCGUCCACGUCGUACAGCUCAUCGGAAAACACGGACACCGAUGACACGGGCACGAUCGCUGAUCGACGGCCCAAAUCCAAGCGCUUCUGCCAGGUUCUGAUCGUCAACACGGACUCCGACAUCGAGUCCAGCGACUCGGACAUCUCCAGCAGCACCUCGUCCAACUGUCCCGGCUCCGGUCACGACCAACCGCAACCACCCGAAGACACCGGAGGGAUCGUCCUCGUGCACAUCCGCCCAGUCCCGUCCGACGACGAGGAUCAAAGUGAAAGUGAAGAUUUCAAGGAGCAGAUUUCGGCCGAAGGCCAACCACCAGAAUCGAACCAGAUUCUCCCCGCGGAAGAAAUGUCCGAAAACAGUGAAAAAGCUCCCUCCACCGACGACGACGAAAGCUGCCCACAACUCGACAACCCCGUUACUAGUGUGAGUGAGCACCGUAACAUAGAACAAGAAAACAUAGAAUUGGCGUCCGACGACGACGACCGACAGGUAGCUGAAACAAACACAGCUCAGGUACAACUCCACGAACCUAAUGAAAACAAACACAGCAGCGAACGGUGUGGUGAAGGUGAGCCCGCACCAACACACACGACCCAACACUCGACACCCGUCGACGACGACGACCACGAUCCGCGCGCCUGUGUUGGCUCAGUUGUAAACGAACGAUCGUCCAACGCGGAUGUAACCAACUCUCGUGUAGCAGCGUCCCAUGCUGCCAACAAUCGGUACAAGAGUUUAAUUUUAAUUGGCGGCCCCGACAGCGAACCCAUCUCGAUGGCCACCAACAGCAACGGUAGCGAUCAGGUGAGCAUCGUGACGAGUCACACGACGCGGAUCGUGAGCAGCAGUGACGACGAGAUCACGGUGAAGCACACCAACUGGAUCUCGCGGGCCAUGCACGACGACGAGGAGGAUGACGACUACGGUGAGGGUGAAGGCGAUGACGUCGGCGUCGGUCCAGACGACGAACCUCGGGUGCGCGAUCGCGGCGAUCGUGGCCUCGCGGGCUACUUUAACUUUUCGCUCGAGCAGGCCUCCCCGCAAACGAACCGCCGACCUGUGAAAAUCACAACGAAUAACGACCACGAGCAGUGUGCAAUAGCGGGCAGUAGUGUAGUGGAGGGCGACGAAGUCGAGGGUGGGAAAGUGUUGAGUAGUGUGGAAGAUCUUGGUGAAGUGGACGGUGGCGAGUUUAGCGCGGAAUCUUUAGCCACCACGCCUGAUGUAGCGGUUUCAGCCGCAGAAGAGAUUAGUGAAAGUGUUGGUUCCGCUGCGAUGAGCGAAGACGUAACGGUAGUGACAGGUGCGAAUACAUUGUCGGCGGUGAUCUGCCUAGAAGACGGGCUCGCGGAUGAUGAUUCGUGGGUGGAAGAGGUGAGCCAGGAUGAGGAAGAGUUCGCGACGACCACGGCCACCGAGUCGGAUAUUGAUGAUUCUGGGGAGGAGAUUUCGCUGAGUGUGGUCGAUCGGGAGGAAGAAUUGCGCGGGUAUAAUCGGGCCGCGAUCGAUUUCACGCUGCACACGAUCGUGGAGGAGAGUUGCGAGGAUAGUGAGGCGGAAUCGAACCGGGCCUCGCAGCGGAAUCGGAUAUCGGCGUCCGAGCUGGAAAAGUACUUUUUCUACGGGCUCGGGGAUGGAACGUCCGGGCAGGUUGCGCAAAACAUUCGUGAUGACAGUAUCUCGGAGAGCAGUUCCGUGUGCAGUGAGGGGUUGGAUUCACUUGGGGGUCCCGAGGAAUCACUGGGAACAUCAUCGGAAUCGGCGGACCUCGCGUCAUCCCGGUUGGAGAAGUACUUCCUGACCGGAUUUAUGGGAUUCUCGUCGGAGAGGAUCGAAUCGGAUGGCAGUGGUAGUGUGGGCAGUGACAGCGAAGGUCAUCCGAGUCCCGAGCAGCGGCGAAAGCGGCUGGUUCGAGCCAGAGGUGCCGGACGAUCGCAGAGCUCCUCGUUGGACAACCUGCUUGCGAAGGAUUCGGAAGCGGAGCAGCAGCAGGGAGUCGAUGGGCACGAGUGUGCUGACUCUUCCGAAACGGACACCUGCGACGAAUCCGCCAAUCAGGCUGACAAAAAUGAAAGCCUGUACGAUACAGCGAAGCGAAAAAAGAAGUUCUCGAAGAAAACGCAGGACGCGGAUCUGCAGCCGCUCUCGCUGCCGCACAAAUCCGACAAGGAUGGUUCCGAGGAAGAGUGUCGCAAGACGCCUCAACCGGAACUCCCGCUGGCGAAUCCCCUCUCGGAGAGCAAGAAGCAAAACAGUCGUGACAGUGGCUUCAUCGGAAGUAACGACGAUCUGCUCAAGGAUGGCGAGCCGGUACGGUCUCCGGAGCUCAAGAUUGAGCUCGAGGAGAUCCAGGAGGAGAACAAAACUGAUCUCAAAGAAGAAAACAGUUCCUAUAAGACGACGGCGGCUGCUGCCGUGGCCGGAGCUUCGGCCAGCAGUGGGGCACCUCCCCCGACGAAUCUGGUGAGAAAGGACAGUUUCAACAACUGGAGCUCGGACGAGGAAACGAACCUGAUGAUGUCUAAGAUGAGACAGUUCUUCAAGACGUUGGUGGUGGCAUCUGCCAACAGUCGAGCUGCCUCGAGGAACUCCACGCCGGCUGUGAGUGAGUCGAACACUCCGAAGCACGGAACUCCGGUGCCGAAGGCACGGAGUCGGAGCAAGCCUCCGCAGCUAGUUUACUUUGAGAACGAACUGACGCGGUUGAUGAAAACGGUUCCCGGCAUUCGGGACGAGCAGGUCCGGGAGAUUGUGGAGUACUUGAGCAGCGAGGACACCUGGUCGGAUUCGUACGAUUCGUCGGACUAUACGAGCUCGGAUUUGGAGGGUGCGGUGUCGCAAAAGUCCGCCCUUCAGCAGCAGAUUUCAGCCAGUUGCCAGCAGAUUAUCAACAAGUUUGAUAUGCUGGAAAAGGACGAGGAGGGAGAUAUGGGCGAUGGUGGUUUGAUCGAGGAACCACACACGUUGAACAAGGAAACGGCGUUCGUGUACCAGAGGUUGGUGGCAUCUCUGUCAAAGAUGUCCACGACACAGGGUGAGGAGAAACCAACCACCAGUGCGGACAGUUCACCGCCGUUGAUCGCCAAGGUGAUGCACCACAUCGGAAGUCGACUGGUGGCGUUGAUGCACGAAGUCAGCAGUGGAGAGUCCCACGCAAGUGCCUCGCCCAAGUCUACCAGUAUGAGGUAUCACCACCAGCGUCCCAAAGUCCAACCGAACAUCUCGGCCACAACGACCGAGGACGAUGACAGUACCUCUGAGAGCAAUAUGGAGAAGAACGAGGAUCUCGGGUACAUGCUACCGCGGAGUAAGAGUCACGACCUGUUGCUGGGCGAUGCACGACCCCAUCACCAUCAGUCGUCCAACAGUGGAGAAAUGGCCGGAGAAGAGAAGGAAGCAAGCGAUUACGAGCGAUUCUCGUGGAGAGGAAGCUUCGAGUCAGCCCUGCUGGCCAACGGAGACUCCCGGUCGAAGCUAUCCAUGCUGGACAACUCGUCAUCCUCGAUAUCGGUCCUAGCGGCCAAACGACGUUCCGCUGGAGAUUUGCUCUUCAACAACCAAAACCUCAGCCGCGAACAGCUCGAUCGUGUCCGCAGCUGUGGCAGCAUCGGCGGAGAACGAGAAGACUUCGAGUCUUCCAAACUGUGGGGAUCCUCCCAGAGUCAGAAAACUGGCCGUCGAAGAUCCAGCGUCCCCGACGAUACCGACUCGGACGAUUCUGGCCGCACCGAAAACCGCCUCGCGUCCCGCUCGACCCUUCCCCGAAGCCUCCAGAACGCGACCACUGCCGUCAACACCAACUCACUGCCCCGACUGCCGACGUCCAACAUCCAAACGAUCAUGCAGUCGGCCCCGGCCAGCUCGGCCUCGACCUCGUCGGUGAUGCAAAAGUCCCAAAGUGUGUACCAUUUCCUGCAGAACAACGUCAAGAGUGCCCGCUACCGGGCUCCGGGCUUCAACAACCACCGGCCGCCGCCGCCGCCCAGUGCCCCCAAACGGGCCGUUUCGGCACCCGGCCUGCAGCAGCCGCCGUAUCCACGCCGCGAACGACGUCGCGUUCAGAGCAAUCUAAGCGAGGAAGCCUCGGGCACGCUCGAAUCCGGCAGUUCUCCGGUGAUCGACGCCGGUGACCGAAAUGGAGCCACCGGAGGCAGCAACCAGGAACUGUCCACGGCGGCAGCGGCCGCUGUGAAAGGCGGAUCUUCUGGCACCGGAACCGGUCCCCAUCGGAGCGUGGCCACGAGUCCGAUCGGAUCGGUCGGCUCGGAACACUGGCCGUCGCAGUCCGACGAGGACAUUGACCGGCUGGUGGCGCUGCACCAGAACCGCGCAUCGCUCAGCUCCCUCGGACUGCGGUCCGACUCGAUGGCCUCGGUUUACUCGGGGGCGGGCGAGGGCCGGUACGGUACUGUUACGGUUCGCGGACAGAUCGAAUUCGGUAUGCAGUACAACUACAAGCAGAGCGCGCUGGAGAUCCACGUGAAGCAGUGCCGGGACCUGGCCGCGGUCGACGCCAAGCGGAACCGGAGCGAUCCGUACGUUAAGGUUUACCUGCUGCCGGACAAGUCCAAGGGCGGCAAGCGCAAGACCAAAGUGAAGAAGCACACGCUCAAUCCGGUGUUCGACGAGGUGCUGCGGUUCCACAUCUCGCUGGCCGGGCUGCAGUCGCGCACGGUUUGGAUGACGGUGUGGCACUCGGACAUGUUCGGCCGGAACGACUUCCUCGGCGAGGUGAUGAUGGGCCUGCAGGACAAGAUGUUUGACAAUCCGGCGCCGCAGUGGUACCAGCUGCAGGAGAGGAGUGAACCCUUCGAGGAUCUGUCCGCGUACAAGGGCGACAUCAUCGUCGGGCUCAAGUACAUCCCGCCAGAGUCGGACGGCGGAACACCGCAGCACCACGCGUCGUCCUCGUCCCACCACAACGGCUCCGGAAGCAGCGGAAGCGGUGGAGGUGGCCCAACGGGCACGCUCAACCUGCGCAAGUUCAGCACCCGAUCGAUCACGUCCACCUCGUCCAACUCGUCCGGCCAAAGCCGGGGCGCGCUGCACGUGCUCGUCAAGGAGGCCAAAAACCUGCAAGCGGUCAAGGCCAACGGAACCUGUGAUGCAUUUUGUAAGAGCUACCUUCUGCCGGACAAGAACCGCAGCUCGAAGCAGAAAACGCCGGUCGUGAAGCGGUCCAACUCGCCCGUCUGGAACUACACCUUCAUCUACGAGGACAUCUCGCUGGCGGAGCUGUCCGAGCGGGGUCUCGAGCUGACCAUCUGGGACCACGAUCGGCUCGCGAGCAACGAGUUCCUCGGCGGCGUUCGCUUCUCGCUGGGGACGGGCAAACACGGUGGCCGCACCGUCGACUGGAUGGACUCGACCGGCCGGGAGCUGUCCCUCUGGCAGAACAUGAUCAACAGACCAAACUUUUGGGUGGAAGGCGCCCUCGUCCUGCGGCCCUCGCUCGACAACGCCAAGUUCACGUCAUAAUUUUGCGAAUCCCCCGUAGAACCACAACUGUCGGGGGAAGUCAUGUAGUAGUGGACUUCCCCCCCAAACAAUCUCUCCCCCUCCAUCCCCCUGUUUAGGAAUAUUUAGAUCAGAAUUGAAGUUCGAAGAUAUAUACAUUCCAAACCUUUGUGAUGUGUUGCUUUACAACAACCUAAUCAUAGUUCGUAAUCCAGUAUUUUUAAGAAGUGUGACGAGAGAGAAAAAAAAGAAGCAUUUUUCGACAAAAUACCUAACCUUAUGAACGACAAUGAUGCUUAAUGAUGAUCGGUGUUCAGAUAAGACGAAGUACUAUUGGAAGUAUACCUUUUUACGGUUGAGUAAGUUUUUUAUAUCCUUUUAUUUUUUCGACACUAUAUCGAGGAGGACGUUUGUCUCGGGUUAGAAAGCGCGCGAGAGAGAGAGAGAGAAAGAGUAAAAAGAGAGAUGAGAGGAUAGGAACACAAAACUACUCUUUUUGUGUGUGUAAAUAUGAUAGCUAUACACAUUGCUGACAAAAGGAAAACAAAAUCAAGGACGAAGCAUUAUUUAUCUAAAUGAGAAUGAAAAACUAAAGCAAAGAGAUUCUUCUUUUCCCUCCAUUUACUCUAAUAGAUGUUGAUAGACUAUUUAAAUUUUCCAUGAAAAAUGGUUACCAUUUUCCAGUAUCUUUACUACGACUCACAAAAUCACACAAAACAAACUCACAAAUCAAAAUAAAGUUGUGAACUUUUUCCUCCCCCGAAAAAAAAACUAACAAAUUGUACAUAUUUCUACACCAGUUUGAAGUUUAAAAAUUCCACCCAAAAUCUACACUUCCAAGCGCGGCGUGAAUCUUUACGCAAAUUCCGCCGCGACUGGAAGGCAAAUCUAAAAAAACACUGCGUUCAAUGCAGAAUUGGCAGGCGCGAGGGGGCCGCCUUUUUCGGCGCAAAAUUAAACCUACACCCAAAGCGCGAAACUGCUGACAUCUAAUGACACACCCAAACACUGUCAAACAGUGCGAUUUCGUUGCAAUACACACACACUUAGACAGAAGAGCGCGCGAGAGAUCGCGCGCUGAGAGCGGAGAAAAUAGCUGGUUUAUUUUUGUUGGGUUUGGAGUUGGAGCUAAAUCUAUAUUGAAGAAACUAUAUUUACCUUUAAAGUGGGGCAGAGAACGCGGAAACAAUUUCAAAGGGAAAGGGAUGGACUGAAUGAGAUUGAGAUCGAGCAAAAACUACGAUAAAAGAUGAUUCUAAAACAACACACACACACAUUACUAGUUUUGAGUAGAUGGAGUAGAUUGCGUGCAGAGGAUCAAAACACACAUACACAUUUACAUAUGUAGAAAAUAAAUUGUCGGAAAGGAAAUAAAAACAUGGACACACACACUAAAAAAAUAGUUGGUAUUUUGUGCGCGGCGAAACGCAGACGAUAAUGAAGAAGAAGAAGAAGAAAACACAACUCUUAUGAAUAAAGCUUAACAAGCGAGUAAAACAUUUAAAAACAAACAAAUAUCGUAUUGACUUACACAUUUGAAUUCUGAAAAUUACUUUUCCGUAGUGAAUUUGAACAGUUUUUGAUAAUUCAUUGAGAAAAUAAACAUAUAAAUAACCAUUAUAUUGCGAAAAUUAGCAGAAAAAGAUACUUUUAGCAGUAGUAUUGGUAGUUGUUUACGAACAGAAAAGUAAGUUAAGAAGACAAACAAACACACAUACACACUAACACAAAACAAGUCGAGCUCUAGUUUUCGUUCGUUCGAAAGUGUAGAGAGAAUACAUGCCAAACAGAGUUGAUUUUGCAAGCUGCUGUGACUAAGGCUCAAAGAAAACAAUUCAUGAAAACAAAAAAAACUAGUAAAACAUUACGUAUAAAUUGUACUUGCAGCAGUAGUGAAAUUGUAGAUAAAUUUGUCCACGUUGUUUGGUUCUUCCCUGAUUUCACCCCUGUGCGACACCUCAUCAAAGCAACCGCGCCAACCGAGCCAUACAAAAACAAAAAAAUCCGACCGCGCCGCGCGCCGCCUGCUUAGAUCUCUUUCCUUUCCGCUCUUUUGAUGUUUGUAUCCAGUUAUUCUUGCAAGAUGACGUAUAUACCGUGUAAACUAUUUCUUCAUAUUACAAAAUGAAAGCAAAUCUGUUGAAUAUUAUUAAUCUACUUAAAGUAAACAAAACAAACAAAAACUCACUUUAGUGAUAAUCGACACACUUGGGCCAAAUUUAAGCUCACUCAUUGAUGCAGAUAUCAACACACACAGCAAAAGAAGAAGAAGAAAACAAACUUGAUGCGAUGAUGAGAAAAGAAGUUCGUCUCCAAGCUAUGACUCGGAUGCUCAAUUAUAUUAUUUGUAACGAUAGUGACGAUUGCAUGCAAUUCUAACUGAAAACUGAAGCGUUUCUUACUAACUUUGUCUCAACAACAAAAAAAAAAAAAACAAAUCUGUGCAAUCACAACAAACAUGCCAACACACUCGAACAAAACAAAACACUUUAUUCUUAUGCUAGCUAGAAUGGAAAAGCAUGUUGUGCGAAGCAAACUUAUCAAUCAUUAAGCUUAAAUAAUUAAAGAAAAAAAAAGAAUAUAUUCAUCUCGACCAACCGACACACACUUACACGAAAUCGAAACAUGAAAAGAAAAAAACCUAAACGACACCGACACUAAAUCAUUGAAACAAGAAAAAAACCCCUAGAGAACCAUGUCGAAAGAAACAACCUAGCGUUAAAAACCAAUAAACUUAUUUAUGAAAAA